CAAACAUAAAUUGCAUAGUUCUGCGUACUUUUUGCUUUAUAAAGAUCAAAAUUCAAUACAGGUACAACUAAAACACCGAAAGACAAUAAUUGGUUUGGUAUUGCAAGCGUUAAAUAAUUUUAAGAAAAAAUGAAACUUUACCGUGUUUUAAUGGUGUUAGUCCUUGGAAAUGUUUUGGCAGUUACAGAAAUUGACUAUAAGAUGGAGGUAUACACAACAAACCACAUGCUUGGAUCAAUAGAACCAGGUGAAGUGGACGAACUAGUGCAAAGUUUUAUAUGUUCAUUCAUUGCAAUUCCGCCGUUGGCUUUGUUGUUGUUCGCGCCAGAAAGCGCACCCACUGACGCUAACGAGGAAUAUUCGCUAGAUGUGGUAGAAGGAGAGCAAACAAUACAGUUAAGAAUAAGUGACUAUGAUGCAGCAAGGCAAAACGCUGGUGAAAUGGUGGACAUAAAUUUGGAUAACAUUACUCUGUCAGAUAUGGGAGGCACCAGAAGAAAUAUAACUGAGGCAUCUGUAAGACGUUUACUCGAGGAGGUCGAAAGUGAUCCCGAAAAUGUGCCGUUUUCAACACAUGAGAUAUGUCGUUUAAUAGCGUUGUUCGUAACUGCAAAAGACCUAACAAAACGCUUUACCGUUGUGUUAGACAGUCGCCGAGAUUGUCAUCUUACUGAUGAGUCACAUUGUGUGUACAGGUACAGAAAGUUUAGCGAAGGCUACUAUGAAGUAUCGGGCAUUAAUAACAGACCAGGUGCCAAACUCACAAACGGGCCAAGACCACCCUAUAACAAAUGCUGCACAAUUACAUAAAGCGAUUAUUGUCCAAUGACCAAAGUCACCUAAUCUAUACAUAAAUGUAUAAAUAUGAUUGUCACAAGUGGCUGUUUUAUUUUAUUUUCAACACAUUACUAUAUAAUAUAUAGACAUGUAAACUACAAUAAAAAAGUAGUCUUAAUGUCACUUUACCAAAUAAUUUUUACUACGCACCUCGUGUACUUGA